AUGGCCGCCGCCCCCGACACUGGAGCCAGCGCGGAGCUGCCCGGCUGUGCGCCGUGGGGGGCGCAGCCCCUGGAGGUCUGGCCGGCGGACCAAGAGGUCAUCGUGGCGCUGUCUGAGGGCGCCGCCCCGCUGCCGCUCUUGGACGAGAUCGGCUCCGCGCUGCUGGCGCCCACGGCUGACGGCGCGCCCAGCCCCUACCGCGAGGUGUCGUCCUCCAUCAGCUACGGUCCGCAGGCCGUCAGCGGCAGCCACGCUGCGACGGCGGCGGCGAUGCUGCCCGUGGCACGGCCGCAUCCGAUGCAGUCGCUGGGUCCGGACGCCGCUGUGCGGGCGCUGGCGGCAGACCUGCAGGCCGUUCUGCCGCGCCUCGCCGCCAACGCGUGCGCGCCCGCCGGGCUGCCGGUCGGCCGGGUGGUGAUCGGCCUGCGGCUGGGGGCCGGCGUGCUGUACUGGGAGCCGGGGCUUGUGGUGGCGGUUGCCGCGCGCAGCAGCGACGCGGGCGCCGCGGUGCUGAAAUGCGUGGUGGACGCGAUCCGAUCAUGGCUGUACAUGCGGCCCCAAGCGGGCAGCGUCGGGCGGUGA